AUGACGAAACUUGAACCUUCACACCUAACUCUUGUUUUAAAGUACCUCAAAACUCCAGACGACUAUGUUAAAAUUUCUCAGGUGUCUAAAAAGGUUGUUCAGUCUAUUUCUUUUCUCACAUCAAAUCCAGUGCCAAUACCCCCACAAUAUCUUUCAAAGUUCUUUCCCAAAGCCACAGAGAUCAACGUGUGGGAUAACGAACAGCUGACCGACUAUUUGACAUUCGCCGACUUCGACAUAUUAUCAAAGAGAUAUCUCAACAUCCUUUUUGAAGUUGAUUACACAACAGCAAAAAGUCUUCAAAGUGACAGUGUAGUGUUAAAGAAGGUCACUUUCAAUGCCACAGACCGCAAGACAUAUGGUUCAAAUUUUAAAGAGUUUUCCGAACUUCCACACAUUAGUGCACUCGACGACUGCUGUUUUGAAAACGAAAACAAUAUCAAAAGUGUUGAUGUCCCACAAACAGUCACACGUCUUGGUAAUAAGUGCUUUUCCUCGUGUUCGUCACUUGACUCAGUUGUCUUCUCAAAACAUCUCCUUGAAAUCGGAGACGAGUGUUUCGCUAAAUGCAACAAUCUCAUCAGCAUUGAAAUACCAUCAACAGUGACUUUACUUGGAGACUCAUCGUUUCAGGAUUGUGGUGCUUUAGAUUUGGUAAACUUUUCCAACUAUGACCAAAUGCCAAUGUAUAAUAAGGAAUUUUCAGAAUUGGGAUGUCUUACAGAGAUCAAAACAAACACUUUUAAUGGAUGUACCAGACUUCAAGUAGUUGAAAUACCAAAAUGUGUUGCUUCAUUGGGGGAUAAAUGCUUUAGUGGGUGUAGUGAUUUGGGAGGCAUUACGAUACCAAAGGGUCUUACAUUCAUUGGUCCGUAUUGUUUUGAAGACAACUCGACACUCACAGAAUUGACAAUACCAACGAAAGUAGAUACGAUUGGUGAGGGCGCGUUUAAGGGAUGCGGUUCAUUAAAGGAACUUACAAUUUCGGGCAACGGGAUAGCAAAUGUGGGAGACAGCUUGUUUGAAGGGUGUUCUUCGCUUAAACAGUUCAAUGUGAGUCAAUACGUCAAAUCGAUUGGCAUCGAAACAUUCAAAGGAUGUGAAAAUCUUCGUGAAAUUGUUAUACCAAGUAAUGUCUCUUCAAUUGGAGACAACUGUUUCGAAAAUUGUAAAACACUGAAAGAAAUUACAUUGAACGAAGGUCUUCUCUCGAUUGGAAAUUAUUGCUUCAAAAAUUGCACAAGUCUGACAGAGGUCGAAUUACCAAAAUCAAUUAGAAAAAGAGGAAGAGAGUGCUUCCCGUCGGGAAUUACAGUGAGAAACAAAUAA